AAAUAGAAACUCGGCGACGUAGUCAACGAAAAUGGGAAGAGGAAGACAACACAGAGGUCGUUCGAAGAGAAACCAAUUAGAAGAUAGCAAAGAAAAUGUUCCAAAACCCCUCAAAUCCUUUGAUUCCAACAUCCAAAAUCGCAACUGGUCGAAUCUUGAUUUCGAGGAGUAUUACAAGGAGCAAAGGAUAGUGAAAGCAGAGGAGUGGGAUUCCUUCAUGGAAAUUCUUCGUAAGCCAUUGCCUGCUGCUUUCAGAGUUUAUUCCAAUGGUCAGUUUUGCGAUGAGAUUCGGUCGAUAUUGGAGAAUGAUUUCGUGAAAUCUCUUCAGGCUGAGGCUGUAGAGAGUGGUGAAUUGGAGGCUAUCAAGCCUUUGCCUUGGUACCCUAAGAAUCUUGCUUGGCAUUCUAAUUUUUCUCGCAAGGAGAUUAGAAAAAACCAGACACUUGAGAGGUUUCAUGAGUUUUUAAAGUUAGAAACCGAAGUUGGGAACAUGACAAGGCAAGAAGCAGUUAGCAUGCUACCUCCUCUCUUCCUUGAUGUGCAUCCGGAUCACUUUGUCCUUGACAUGUGUGCUGCACCUGGUUCCAAGACAUUUCAGCUUCUUGAGAUAAUUCAUGAAUCAGCAGAACCAGGAUCUCUACCUAAUGGAAUGGUGGUGGCAAAUGAUGUUGAUUAUAAAAGAUCUAACCUUCUUAUUCACCAAACGAAAAGAACGUGUACGACCAACUUGAUAGUCACUAACAAUGAAGGUCAACAUUUCCCAAACUGCAACUCGAAGAGAGACUUGUCCACAGCAUCUGAGAUGUAUCAUCAUCCCAUUGAUCAGCUUCUCUUUGAUCGUGUCCUAUGCGAUGUACCAUGUAGCGGUGAUGGUACUCUGCGCAAGGCUCCAGGCAUAUGGCGAAGAUGGAAUUCUGGAUCGGGAAAUGGACUUCAUAGUCUACAAGUUGUGCUUGCCAUGAGAGGUUUGUCUCUGCUGAAAGUUGGUGGGAGAAUGAUAUACUCAACCUGUUCAAUGAACCCAAUUGAAGAUGAAGCUGUUGUUGCUGAAAUUCUGAGGAGAGACGGAGUUCUAAAAAGCAUGUUUCCUUCUGGUAAAAGUGAUAAAGACUCAACAUCAGGUGGCGGAAGUAGCUAUGAAGAAAUGGCUUCUAUCUCCUCUGAUGAAUCAGCAGAGGAAGUCUGUGAUCUUCCCCUUGAACGCUGUGUGAGGAUACUGCCUCAUGAUCAGAACACUGGUGGAUUUUUCAUUGCAGUGCUUCACAAAGUUUCACCUUUACCAGAUUUUCAGGAGAAACCAAAUCAGAGAAAGAAUCUGUCUACUAGAGGCAGAAAAUCAGCUGAAAAAUCUUCGUUCGAAGCAGUCUCUGACACUGUGGUUGCAAAACCUGAAGAGUAUACAGAGGAAAUAGUUGUAGAAGAAGCCGCUUCAGUGAAUGGCUUGAAGCUUGAGAAGGAAAGCACCAGCGAAGAAGGCAUUAUAGAAUUGGCUCAAGAAGUACCACCAGUGCAAGGGAAGUGGAAAGGCCUUGACCCUGUUGUUUUCUUGAGAGAUGAAGCAGUGAUCAAUGGGAUCAAGACAUUUUACGGCAUCAAAGAUGAGUCCUUUCCUCUCAACGGUCAUCUCGUGACUAGAAACAGCGACACGAGCAGCAAAGGCAACGUGAAAAGGAUUUACUUUGUUUCAAGAUCGGUUAAGGAUGUUCUUGAGCUUAAUAUUGCGGUUGGGCAGAAGAUUAAGAUCGCAUCUGUUGGCCUCAAGAUGUUUGAGAAACAAUCGGCAAGAGAAUGUGAAGCUAACUCCUGCUCAUUCCGCAUAACAUCAGAGGGAUUGCCUGUGAUCCUUCCAUACAUGACCAAGCAAAUACUAUACGCAACAAUGGUUGAUUUCAAGAAUCUCCUGGAAUACAAAUCGAUCAAGUUCCCAGAUUUCGUCCAUCCACAGUUUGGCCAGAAAGCAGCAGAAGUAUCCAAGGGAUAUUGCGUGGUUGUUCUCGUUGAUGGUACUCAGAAACUCGGGUGUGAAGCAGUCAAAGUGAAUUCAUCAACUAUAGCCAUUGGAUGCUGGAAGGGCAAAGCCAGCUUAACUGUUAUGGUCACGACAGUGGACUGCGACCAACUUAUCCAGAGACUUGCUUGCUGAUUGAAAGUAAUGUGGGAGACAGCUUGAAGCUUUACAUCAGUAAUAUGAACUCUAAUACUGCUAGUUUCAUGUAUUUUCAAUCGAAGGCUAUUUUUUUGUUCCAAUGCUCUUUCUUUCAAUCGGUUUGAAUGGAAGAGUUUUGCUUUGUUACAAGCUGUGCUCGUGUCUCGUGUGGAGAAAGUGUUAGACUGGUAUUUGCAAAUCCGU